CUCUUUUACCCUCCUGAGUGGUGUAGAGCGAAGUUUUCGUUUCUAGCAUGGCUCGAUUGAGCAGCCUCCUCGUGGCCUCCCUGGCUCUCCUCACCAAUGUCGUCAAUGCCGACUCCGCCGUCCUCGAUCUAAUCCCCUCCAACUUUGAAAAAGUCGUCCUUGGAUCCGGCAAGCCGGGACUCGUCGAGUUCUUCGCCCCCUGGUGCGGGCACUGCCGCAACCUUGCUCCGGUCUACGAACAGCUCGGCCACGCCUUCGCCCAUGCAAGUGAUAAACUGCAUAUCAGCAAGGUUGAUGCGGAUGCGCAUAAGUCUCUAGGCAAGAAGAAUAAGGUCCAGGGCUUCCCAACGCUGAAAUGGUUCGAUGGGAAGAGCGCUGAGGGUGAAGAGUAUGAGGGUGGAAGGGAUCUGGAGAGCCUAGCCAAGUUUGUUACGGAUAAGACCGGCGUGAAGCCCAAAGGGAUAAAAAAGGCUGGGGACAGCGUGGUGAAGAUGUUGACGGAUCAGUCGUUUGCGAAGGAAGUUGGAGGAGAUAAGCAUGUUUUUGUGGCCUUUACGGCUCCAUGGUGCGGUCACUGCAAAACCCUGGCUCCUACAUGGGAAGCUCUCACUGAGGAUUUCAUGCGUGAACCUGACGUCCUUAUCGCGAAAGUCGACGCUGAAGCAGAACAGUCGAAAGCCACUGCCCGCGACCAAAAGGUCACUGGCUACCCAACAAUUAAAUUCUUCCCCAAGGGUUCUAAGGAAGGCGAGACCUACAGUGGUCCCCGGUCUGAAGACGCUCUGGUUAAUUUCGUGAACGAGAAAUGCGGAACACACCGUGCCGUAGGAGGAGGAUUGAAUGCCAAAGGCGGGGCCAUUGAAGCUCUCGAUGAUAUUGUAGCCAGAUACGUUUCCGGAGGAGCAAUUGCUGAGAUUGCAAAGGACAUUAAGGCUGCCGCAGGAGAUCUCAAGCAGAAAUAUGCGCAGUAUUAUGUCAAGGUGGCCACCAAGCUUUCCGAGAAUUCUGGAUAUGCUGCUAAAGAGCUGGCGAGAUUGGAGAAGAUGAAGAGCAAGGGUAGCCUGGCCCCAGAGAAAUUAGACGAUCUGGUCUCAAGAUCCAAUAUCUUGAGAAGAUUUUUGGGCAAGGAAGGAAAGAAAGGAGCCAAAGAUGAGCUUUGAUGGUGUUUGCAGGUUUUUAUCACAUCUAUUGGCAUUGUAUACCUAUUUACUAAGCGUUAGGCUUAACAUGAGCACAGGGACAGUGUUGGGUCACGGUUAACUUUCAAGCCAAAAUAUUCAUGUCAUCUUUGUAUGUAUGUACAGCUAAUGGUUGCCUACAGGGUACAUGGCCAGUUACAGGGAGCAAAUUAAAAAAAGGCAACCUCUAAAGGGC